CAACAACAAGAAUAUAAAUGAAAUAAAGUUUAGGAAUUAAAUUAUAUCUUCCAAUAACGAAAAGGAAAGUGAUAACAAUAUCGUUUAGUUUGAUGCUUAGGGUGACAGUUUCUAGCGUAGUUAAUUGUUUAUAUGUUAAUAAGUUGAGUGUGUUUAUUUGCAAUUAGAUAUGUUAAAUACUACUAACAUGGCGUUUAUACAAAGCUUGUCACAGUUUAUUAGUAGUGGGAUAUCAUACCGAAGGGAUCCUGCACCGUCUCCCUACAUACUCAGCACAUCACCACCUGAUGCAUCGAUGGAGUUAUACGUGUUGGAACACAGGCUGCAAGUAUGCUUCAUUCCUAAAAAUGCCAUCGGUGAUUUCUGUCAUGCAAUUAUGAAAAUAGCAUUGUUACCAGACUCAAGACCAAACUUUUUCAGUAUAACAGAAACAGAUGAUGGUUACACAUUAAUUGUUACUGAGGAAGAUUUUAAAGUUUUUCCAAAGCAUUCAGAACUCCAAACAUGUGGCCAUCCAUGGAGAGUUUUAACUGUAUCUGUUGGUGCAAUGGGCGAAUCAAAUGAACUGUUUGGUGCAAGUAAAAUUGCAAAGUCUGUCAUUGGACCUCUUGCAGAUCAUAAAGUGUCUGUUUUGUGUCUGUCCACAUAUCAAUCAGACUUCAUACUGGUGCAAGAGCCCCAUCUGGAUGACACCAUCAAAUGUUUGGGUUCUUAUUUUAAAAUCUAUAACGACGACCACAAGCGUGUAAAUUGCACACAGAUACUGUCAUCCUCUCCAUCUUCACCAUCAUUGACAGGUGAUCCAAGAACAGUCAAUCAUCCUUUUAAAAGUCCUUCAGAUCAGUACCAUAUAACUGGUCUCGAUGCUUCCAAACUGACAGGAGUUAUUCAAGUACUACUGGAACUUAUAUUUUUUUCUGGAAACAAGGAAGAUGAAACCAAUACUUUUUUUCACUUCUCAACCGUGAACGGCGAUAUUUCUCUCAUGCUGGACAACGAUGCCAUUAAAAAGUUUCCAAACAAUGUGUUGUACACGAAAAAAAACGAAGAUAUCUGGAGGAUGAUAACGAUCGGAGAUGAACCGCUCGGUUUUGAGGAAUGUGGUAUCGUUGCACAGGUGGUGGAGCCACUGGCCACUCUCCAAGUGUCAACAUAUUACGUCAGCACUUAUAACGUAGAGUACUGCAUGGUACUAGAAAAAGAUAUAGAUCGUGUGUUGAACGUUUUAAAAAAAUUAAGUUGCACUGGCGAGGCCGUUGACGGCGAAGUAACUUUAACGGAAGCCGAAGUGCCAAAAAAUGGUUCAGCACAGGCAGACAAUAAAAAUUGUGAACUUGAACAGAAAGAAGAACUUCGUCCAGGUGAAAAUAUGUCAUUAGGUCAAGCACUAGAAAACUCAUCCGCAGAUGAAAGAAAUCAUUUUCCAUCUCUGUUGUCUACUUCUCCGCAGAGUCCUGUUAGUGAUGACAGUUCGUAUGGGACUAGCCCAGUAAAUUCGUAUAUCGAAAUAAAAAACAGCUACACGGAAGACCACAUAUCAUCCAACCCGAUCCCAAUCCCACCGUGUGAGCCAAAUCGGUAAUUUGAUACCUUAACAAUAAAAGAAUAAUCGUUCUGCGUGAGAGACUUUAGGGUCUCCGCUGCAUAGGUUAGCAUGUUUCCAGGGGGGAGAAAAUAUAUUAAAGGUUUAUUUAGCUUAUUCUUAAUAUCGUUAUUUAUCAUCCAUUAUUUUUUAAUUUUUAGAUUUUAGUUAGCAAAUAAGUAGUAAACAUUAUUUCUUCAUGUAAAGUUUGCACGAAUAAUUAUGUUUACUCGGAUUACAGCCGUGGUCGCGUCAUCUAGUGUAGCCAAUAAAUAGACGACUUUUCAAGUAUUUUCGUACCUGUGAUCAGUUCAAUUUAUUUAUCGGUUACUAGAAUGAGUUGUCAAACUCGGGCGCACUGCGCCCUUCUAUGAAAAAUAGGAGGAAAGGAUGGCGUGAGAUGGCGUAAGAUAGAAUUCUAGUUUUUUAUAUCUUAAUUUUAUUAAAAAAAUAAUUUAAAAACUAAAGUUUGUUUAAAAAAGUUUAUUUAAAAUGUUGCUCUGUAAUAUUGUUUUUGUUUGUUUGUGUAAAUUUUAUGUGAGUACAUUAUUGCUAUAAGUUAUCGUUAUGUUUACAUGCUAGGAGAAUAUCGUAAACGACUUGGAAUUUCUUAAAUACAGAGAUAAGCAAGAAACAGUCUUUUUAUACUUUUUCUGAUCAGAACAGACGUUUUCAAGUUAAUAUAACAACCUGAAGAGAGACGUUGUAGUAAGAAAAAUCCCGCCUGAUUAAGUAUUAAAAUUAUUUAUAACUAAAAUUAAGUUUGCUAUAUUCCGUUGAAUACAUAGAUGUUUUUGUUAACGUCAUGUUUGCAUAUUUUCUUAUUUAUUUGUGACCAUACAUCUUUUAUUACAGUGUUAUUUUAAUAAUCGAACAUAAAUAAUUACUUUAAAUUAAACAUGUGUUUUUCUUUAUUAAUCCUAAGUUUUUUCACUAGAUCACAUGAUACUCGCGUCGUGCCAUCUCAAGUUGUAUUUCAGAUCACCAUGUAUAUUAAUCCUCCUUUAUACAAACUAGAUCUUUUGGGAAGCGUGUCAAAUAACUUGUCGGCCUGAACUAUGUUGGCACAACGUGAAGAAAUUUUAAGGUGACAAAAAAUUGAUGUUAAUAAGUACUCUAGUUGUCGCACAGAACAGGGUACAAUAUAUUUUUCGAGUUCUAAUAUUUUUGUCUGUUUUUUUAGGGGAGGGAAAUAAAAUAAAAUAUCAGGACGAAAAAAAUGUAGUACACUAAUUCAUUCGAAAAAAGUGUUCGGCAUUGUUUCUUAAUGUUGAUCAAUUAUCUCUUUUCAAGUUGUUAGCCUGCUACAGGGCUGAUUACAAGAGCAUGACUGAUCUCGCUGAUGUUGUUGCUAAGCAUGCCCUGAUUACAUUCCAUGAAACGCUCCGCAAUGCACAACAUGUUUUUCAGUUUUGAAUUCAACAUAAGCGGGGUGACCACUCCUCCUUAAAUUCCUUAAAUAACCUUAGAAAAAAAAAACUUAAAAGUACUUAAAUAUACUUAAAAAAAUGAAAUUUUAGCUAUUCUCCUUAAUUUCUCCUUAUUUCUUAAUUUUUAUGGUCGUAACUUUUUGGGAAAUGUGUUCAUGUAUUGUUCAUCACCAGUGAAAUAAUACAUAUUUCUCUGUUACCUGAAAUCCUAUAUUUUCUAUCUUUUAGGGCAUAAUUUUUAUGUAUAUUUGUAUAAUAUGUAUAUAUUCUUAUUAUAGAACAUAGUAUGUAACAGAGGGAACUAAAAUUGGUUUUCUCCUUAA